AUGCUUUGGGAACUUUAUUUCUUGAGUAUGCUUGUAGAGUUAAUAAAUAGUUUACCAACGUCCAAUACUGUACUGGUCAAUGUAAAUAACACUGGCACGUGGAACGAUGCCUACCAGAUAUGUUGUAAUAUGAACGGUAGAAUCGUCCAACCAGAUACUGAAUAUAAAUUAAAGGAGCUUCUUAACAAAAGAAGCGAAUUAGAUUUAUAUCCAGAGUUUUGGGUAGGGAUAUAUGAUUCAUCUCGAGGGAAUGGAACAUGGGUCUGGCAAGAUGGAAGCACAGUUACAUAUCCUAAAACAGCACACGAAGUACCAACUGUGGAUCAAUACUGUUUUAGGUACAAAGUGGAUAAUCUUAGUGACAAAAAUUGUAAUUAUGCAGAAUUUCAAAUUAUAUGCGAAAUUAAAAAAGAUAUCAUACCUUUAGCAUCUUAUAACAAUAACAACAUUAUUGACAACGAAAACACGACUGUAUAUCAUAAAGAUUGCUUCAGUGUUGAGAAGAUUGCCGUUGUUAUUGAUAACCACAGAAAUGAAUUGAUGGCUGAUCCACAGUGCCGUCCACAAAAUACUGCUGAACCAUCACCAUACACCGAAAAUGGACCAGAUAUGAAAACUGCCUCUUCUUGCCAUACCACAGUAUGGCAAACGCCAAGUCCGUCGACAGAAACAGUUAUGUUGACAGAAACAGUUAUGUUGACAGUUUGUCCAACCAGUGUAUUACCUUUGGUUGAAAUGACAAAUUCGGGCACAUCUUCAGCAAUGACAAUGACAUAUACAGCAACAACUACAGAGACGAUUUGUGUUUCAGCAGAAACAAAAGCGAUAACUGAGUGUGAAGCAUCGUCUUGCUCUUGUGAAAAAGAAAUUGCUGCCUUUACAUCGUUGGAUGAAAAACCUUAUUCUACUAUUCUUCAAACCACAAUUUUAGAAACAACACUGGCUGACCACAGUAUGGUUUCAUCUACAAAUAAAACACACAUAUUAGAGAUCUCAGAGAACUACAAAAAUAUUAUAGAUAGGGCUCGAGACAUCAAACUGGAUAUUCAUAAUUUAUCAUCUUAUAAGCGUCGGUUUAUCAGUGUACCAGAUGAAAGACCAUCAGCUAUAACGAUGGGAGUUUGUGGCUCCAUCUGCAUUGUGGCAUUUUUUCUUUCCAUUAUAAUCUGUGAUCUUAGAUGUAAACGUGUAACAAAAUCCAGAGAAAUAGAAUAG